ACCAACUCUGCGUGAUUUCUCUACAACAAUGCGUGGUUUUGUCACCACCCAUUAACUUACUGUUUGCAGAAGGACUAAUUGCUAUUUUUUGUGCAUAAAAAGAGUCCGAGUAAAUCACAUGGAUCUCCCUGUCUGCCUUUCUCUCUUUUAGGAAAGCCUUUAAGUCCAAUUUUUUCUGCAUCUUCCUAGUUCCAUUCCAAGAAAGGAACCAUGUUUCGGAGAAAGCCGUCUCACGCGAAUGAGGCUGAUGACUCUGCUAGCCGUGAUGCAAAGGUUAGCGAGCUAAGGGCAGGCCUUGGACCUCUAUCUGGACGUAGCUUAAAGUUCUGUUCUGAUGCGUGUCUGAGGCGAUACUUAGAAGCUCGAAAUUGGAACCUUGAUAAGGCAAAGAAAAUGCUGGAAGAGACUCUCAAGUGGAGAUCCACAUUUAAACCAGAGGAAAUUCGUUGGCAUGAAGUAGCACAAGAAGGCGAAACUGGCAAAGUUUCCAAAGCCAAUUUCCAUGACCGACUGGGCAGGACCGUACUUAUAAUGAGGCCUGGGAAACAGAACACAUCAUCCCCAGAAGGUAACAUUCGUCAUCUAGUCUAUCUGAUGGAGAACGCUAUCCUUAACCUGCCACAAGGCCAAGAACAAAUGUCUUGGUUGAUAGACUUCAAUGGAUGGUCAUUAAACACCAACAUUUCCAUUAAGACAGCAAGAGAUAUCAUCUAUAUUUUGCAGAAUCACUAUCCAGAGAGGCUUGCUAUAGUUGUUCUCUAUAGUCCGCCUAGAUUUUUCGAGGCAUUUUGGAAGGUAGUAAAAUAUUUUAUCGAUACAAAAACAUUUGAGAAGAUCAAGUUUGUGUAUCCGAAUAACAAAGAUAGUGUGGAGUUGAUGAAGACAUUUUUCGAUACUGAGAACCUUCCAAGUGAGUUUGGGGGAAAAGCCACAUUGAAUUAUGAUCAUGAAGAAUUUUCUAAGUUGAUGGCUCAAGAAGAUAUUAAAACUGCUAAAUUUUGGGGCAUUGACGAUCUGGCCGCCCAUACUGAUGAGAAUCAUGGAUACUCCGAAGCAGCAGAGGUGACGCCUCUGCCAGUGAGUGUUGCGUCAGCUGCAAGCUAAGAUAGUGGAAAAUUCUAUAAUAAUAACUUCAAGUAUAAGGAGUAAUAAAGUGUAUUAUGAGAUUUGUACACUGUCAGGUCUAUUUUAACGCUAUUAUGUUAUUGUUUUCUCAAUGUUAAUUCUCUUUGCUUGAACAGCA